AGUGAAUAAAGAGUAUUAGGGUUUGUGAUUAUGAGUGGUAUAAAUACCAAUUAUUGUUGAAGCUUAAUUCUUCCUCUGUCUCCACACUCUCUUCUUCACUCUCCGCCACCGAUCCUCACAAUUCUCCAAUGGCUGUUACCUUUUCAGAUCUACACACACAAGAGGGUCUCAAAUCCCUCGAUGAUUUCCUCUCUGGAAAGACCUAUAUUUCUGGGGAUCAAUUGACAAAGGAUGAUGUCAAAGUGUAUGGAGCUGUUACUGAAAAGCCAAGUGACUCUUUUCCCAAUGCUGCUAGUUGGUACGAUGUUGUCUCUUCACAUCUUGCUGCAAGUUUCCCUGGGAAUGCUCAAGGUGUGAAAUUCACAGGAAGUGCUGCUCCAGCUGCAGCAGCAGCACCUGCCAAAGCAGAUGCACCUGCUGAUGAAGAUGAUGAUGAUCUCGAUCUCUUUGGUGAUGAAACAGAGGAGGAGAAGAAGGCAGCAGAGGAAAGAGAGGCUUCUAAAAAGCCUGCCAAGAAGAAAGAAAGUGGCAAGUCUUCCAUUCUGCUCGAUGUUAAGCCUUGGGAUGACGAGACAGACAUGAAGAAGUUAGAAGAAGCUGUUCGUAGCGUUGAGUUGCCUGGUUUAACCUGGGGAGCAUCCAAGCUGGUUGCUGUUGGAUAUGGAAUCAAGAAGCUGCAGAUCAUGUUGACCAUCAUUGAUGAUCUUGUGUCCGUGGAUGACCUUAUUGAAGAAACACUCACGGUUGAGCCAAUUAAUGAGUUUGUCCAGAGCUGUGACAUUGUGGCCUUCAACAAAAUUUAAGGUUUCUUAUAAGCUAUUUUCAAGCGGCGGCUGAUUAGACUGUUAUUUGCUGAUACCGUAUUCCCAUCUCAUCUUUUUAUGUUUAGUCUGUUCCAGUGAUGGUUUUGUUACAAGAAUUGUAUGAAGUAAAAGAGAUAGAGAUAUGUUUUGGUGUUAGUUAAUGUUAUUGAUGUCCAAACCAUGCACAUUUUGUGUGAGAUUAACAUCACUGAACCAUAUGCUUCUAUUUAAUUUUUGAUGAGUUUAAUGAGACCCCUUUAUUGAAUCUAUA